UUCUCUCUGCAGGACUCGCAGCAGCCGUCACCGUUAGCGCUGUUGGCUGCCACCUGCGGUCGGAUUGAUGAAGACGAAGCGGUAGAUCAGCAGUCAGGGCCAAGCCAGACCCAGGACACUCAGAUCUCCUUCCAGCAGCCCCAUCUGUCCCACACCACCAACGGCUGGCACGUGACCCCCGCAGGAGCUCCGGUGUGCACCAGCUCCGGCUCCUCUCGCACCACAGCCUCGGAGCACAGCAGCAGACCGCCGGCCUCCAUGGCACAGCAGCAGUACGUGAUGGUGUCCUCACAGAACCCACAGAGUCAGCAGGUGCUCGCCACCCUCUCUGGGGUGAUGCCUAGUAUCCAGUAUCAGGUGAUCCCGCAGUUUCAGACUGUAGAUGCACAGCAGCUGCAGUUCACUCAGGACGGGUCAGCCGCAGCAGCAGGGCAGUUUCAGCUGGUGUCCUCUGACAGCGGUAACCAGCAGCUCAUCGCUGCUCCCACCAACCCAGCUGCUGGCAACAUCUUAACCGUGCCGGGCCUUUUCCAGCAAGCAGUCCCUCUGCAGAACAUCAGUCUGGGUGGGACAGUGCUGCCCAAUCAGGCGCAGUUCCUCACCAAUGUGCCACUGAAUGCUAACCUCACCCUUCUCCCGGUGGGCUCUGCUGCCGCUGCUGGACCCGUGAGCGACGCAAGCGCCGGAGGAACCGUAGGAACUGCUCAGCAGCUGCUCCAGAGCACGGCGUGUACCACUGCAGCGGAGUACUGCACUACUACCAGCACACAGACGGCUGCUUCACAGAGUGGCCAUGGAGAGACUGGAAAGCCCUUGCAGAACAUGUCCGGAGCGUCUGAUAAUAGAGACGGACAGAUGCAGUGUCAAGCUCAGAUUCUCCUGCAGAACGUCCAGCCUGGCUCCGUCUCAGCCAGCGGUCAGGUGUUCUCCACACAGAGCCUGUCUCAGGACGGAGUGCAGAACCUUCAGAUCCAGACCAUCUCCAGCGGCAGCCCCAUCCUGAUCCGCACCGUCGGUCCGAACGGCCAGAUCAGCUGGCAGACGCUUCAGCUGCAGAGUCCCGCUAGCACCCAGAUCACGCCGGGAACCGUGCAGCUCGCGGGCCUGCAGACCAUCAACCUGAACACGGUGGGAAACACAGGGCUGCAGGGAGUUCCCAUCACCAUCGCCAACACAGCAGGAGAUAUGAGCGGUCUGGAGGAGAAUGUGGAGAGCAGCCCGACAGCCGUCAGCAGACGCUCGCGCAGGGAAGCCUGCACCUGCCCCUACUGCAAACACGGAGAGGGACGCAGUGACCCCAGUAAGAAGAAGCAGCACAUCUGUCAUCUUCCUGGCUGUGGGAAGGUGUAUGGGAAGACGUCUCACCUGCGGGCACACCUGCGCUGGCACACGGGAGAGAGACCCUUCAUGUGCUCCUGGUCCUUCUGCGGGAAACGCUUCACUCGUUCCGAUGAGUUGCAGCGGCACAAGAGGACUCACACAGGUGAGAAGAGGUUCUCGUGCUCCGAGUGUCCCAAACGCUUCAUGCGCAGCGACCACCUGUCCAAGCACAUCAAGACGCACCGGAGUAAGACAGCAUGUGCUGGUGUGAGCACGGAUCAGCAGCCUCCAGUACCUGCCGGCAGCAUCAGAGUCCUGCACAGCGGCGUUUGAGUGAGUGCACUGCAGUUAAACCAGCUUUCACAGCUCGUCCUCCAGCCUGCCUGUUUCUGCACCUCUUCAUGUCUAUUCUGAAUCUCUCCGCUUUCUUUUGCCCUCUUUACUGAGACUGUGAUGAGCUCACCCAAACAUCUCGACCUCAAGACAUGAGAAAUAUAUGUGUGAGCGAUUUCAGAAACUGUUUCAGAGACGAGCCAUAAUGCUUUCAUCUAUUAAUCACAGUAAAUGAGAUGUGAUGCUUUUUGUACACAAGUUAUAUUUUUUGUAAGUAUGGAAAACUGCAAAUUCUGAAAUGACCUUUGUUUUGUGAAUGUAUGAAUUAUGCAGUCAACAUUUAUAUA